UUAGGUAGUUAUUACUAGCAAGAGUGGAGAGAUUUUGUAUCGUAUUUCACCAUGGGCAAAGUAUGUGGCUCGUGAAGGUGGUAAUGUGAAUUAUGAUUGGAUAUGCUGGGAUCCCGAACAUCCAUAUAAAUUUAAGCAUUCCAGACCAAAGAAGCCAAAAAGUGUAAGAAUUUAUGAAUCUCAUGUGGGAAUUUCUUCCCAUGAAGGAAAAAUAGCUUCUUAUAAACAUUUUACUUGCAAUGUACUACCAAGAAUCAAAGACCUUGGAUACAACUGUAUUCAAUUGAUGGCAAUCAUGGAGCAUGCUUACUAUGCCAGUUUUGGGUACCAAAUCACAAGCUUUUUUGCAGCUUCAAGUCGUUAUGGAACACCUGAAGAACUAAAAGAACUAGUCGAUACAGCUCAUUCAAUGGGGAUCACAGUCCUCUUAGAUGUGGUACACAGCCAUGCUUCAAAAAAUUCAGAAGAUGGAUUGAAUAUGUUUGAUGGAACUGAUUCCUGUUAUUUUCAUUCUGGACCUAGAGGGACUCAUGAUCUUUGGGACAGUAAAUUGUUUGCCUAUUCCAACUGGGAAGUUUUAAGAUUCCUUCUGUCCAACAUAAGAUGGUGGUUGGAAGAAUAUUGCUUUGAUGGAUUUCGUUUUGAUGGUGUUACAUCCAUGCUGUAUCAUCACCAUGGAAUGGGUCAAAGUUUUUCAGGUGAUUACAAUGAAUAUUUUGGACUACAAGUUGAUGAAGAUGCCUUGACUUAUCUCAUGUUGGCAAAUCAUUUGAUUCAUACAUUGUAUCCAGAUUCCAUAACAAUAGCUGAGGAUGUAUCAGGAAUGCCGGCUCUGUGUUCUCCAAUUUCCCAGGGAGGUGGUGGUUUUGACUAUCGAUUAGCGAUGGCAAUUCCAGAUAAAUGGAUCCAGCUCAUUAAAGAAUUUAAAGAUGAAGAUUGGAAUAUGGGCAAUAUAGUAUACACUCUCACAAAUAGACGCUAUCUUGAAAAGUGCAUUGCUUAUGCAGAGAGCCAUGAUCAGGCACUGGUUGGUGAUAAGACACUGGCAUUUUGGUUGAUGGAUGCUGAAAUGUAUACAAACAUGAGUGUUCUAGCUCCUUUUACUCCAGUUAUUGAUCGUGGAAUACAGCUUCAUAAAAUGAUUCGACUCAUUACUCAUGCACUUGGAGGAGAAGGCUAUCUCAAUUUUAUGGGUAAUGAAUUUGGGCAUCCUGAAUGGUUAGAUUUCCCAAGGAAAGGAAAUAAUGAGAGUUACCAUUAUGCCAGAAGGCAGUUUCAUUUAACCGAUGAUGACCUUCUUCGCUAUAAAUUCCUAAAUAACUUUGACAGGGAUAUGAAUAGAUUGGAAGAAAGAUGUGGUUGGCUUUCAGCUCCACAGGCCUUUGUGAGUGAAAAGCAUGAGGGAAACAAGAUUAUAGCUUUUGAGAGAGCAGGUCUUCUUUUUAUUUUCAACUUCCACCCAAACAAGAGCUACACUGAUUACCGAGUUGGAACAGCAUUACCAGGAAAAUUCAAAAUUGUGCUAGAUUCAGAUGCAGCAGAAUAUGGAGGACACCAGAGACUGGACCACAAUACUGAUUUCUUUUCUGAGCCUUUAGAACACAAUGGACGUCACUAUUCUCUUUUGGUGUACAUUCCAAGCCGAGUGGCCCUCAUCCUUCAGAAUGUAGAUCUGCCUAACUGAAGAGGCCUGAUUUCAGCUCCACCACAUGCAUAUGUGAGCUUUGUUUGCUUCUUCUGUCACAGAAUUUAUAAUUUAUAAGUUUUUCAAAAUACAGUUUGUUUAGCCAAAUCAGAUUGAAAUUAUUGCAUAUACCAAUAUGUAUAUACAACUUGAAAACAAUAGGUGAGGGAGUGUAUUUCAAAUUUUAAGGAUACAAAUUUCCAAGCCAUUUGAGCAGCUAGAAAUCAUGUAUUAAAAAUGUUAUACUUUGCAUCCAUUUAUGUGAUCCUUUCUGAUUUCAAAUUUGAACUAUUCAUUAUGUAUAGUUAUUUCGAUUGAAUGUAUACAGAUGGAUAUUUGGUGGCCUUAUUUGUUCUAAUAUCUAUUGGCCUAAGUUUGUUUCUCUGCUUUUACAAAUUGCAUUAAUAAAUAUUGUAAUAAUAUGGAGUGAUAAUAUAAAAUUAAGAAUUAUAUCAAAGAUAAUGUAAGAACCUUACCUAUCAACUUACUCAUGGCUUGUAUUGCAUUAAAUUUUAUCUUGUGAUCUCCUGUUCACAUAGUAUUUUGGUAGAUGCUGAUAGUCUUUCUGAAUACCUAAAAUGACAAUUGUAUUAUUUCAGCAAACGUCUUUUCCUUUUGAUCAAUAAAAAUAAAUUUGCAAGAUUGCCUUCA